AUGUCAGAGGACUCACCAUGGGCCAUGCAAAUACAUGAGCAUCUCUUAUCCAAGGGGCACUACAUCAUCAGGGGUGCAGUCCAAGUCUUAGACAACGAAUUCGCAGGAAUCAAAUUGAUUCUUCAAUCCCUGAUUUUAAUACUCCGCGAAGAUGACGAAAAUGAAGAGUCAAAGGAUGAAGCCGAGCGAUGGCUCUCCGAAUUUGAUGAGACCGUUGAACCUCCGAAAGUAGUUUCUGGACAUACUUUUGAUCACCAGAAACAUAGACUCCGGAGUUUUAUGGCUAGAGUUGAGGCUAGGCUGUUUGAAUUGAAUGCUUUGGUGCUGCCUGACCCUGUGCAGUACUGA